UUUUCUCCUCGCCUCGCACGCCGUCGCGUUUAACUACUCCAAAAACACAUGAAAGUCUCGCAGCGAGAGUUCAAGCUAAAAACCAAAAGAAAGGGGUGAGAGGUGGUCCCGCGUCUGGAAUCGGUUCUAAAUUUAAACCCCAAGUUGCUAAUUUAAAGAGCUCAGUUGGUUGUGUGUUUGAAACGCUAGAGGUUUGAGGGGAUUUCCUGGAAACUGCUCAGAAAUCGGGACCUACUCAGGACAGUGAGUGGAGUGAAAGUUCGUCUGGCGGCGGCCAAAAAUGAAGCAGCCAAAUAUCUUGGUAACAGGAACGCCCGGCGUCGGCAAAACGCAUCUGUGCCAGCGGUUGGCCGAGCAGCUUGGCUUCAAAUGGCAAAGUGUGUCCGCGAUUGUCCAAGAGCAGGGCUGCGUCGAGGAGUAUGACGAGGAGUUUGAGUGCCCGGUGCUGGACGAGGACAAACUGCUCGAUUACUUGGAACCGAUAAUGCAGCAGGGUGGGAACAUUGUCGAGUACCACAGCAGCGAGUUCUUCCCGGAGCGCUGGUUCCAGGCGGUGUACGUGGUCCGGUGCGCCACCUCCCUGCUGUACGAACGGCUCCAGGGCCGGGGCUACAACGAGCGCAAGAUUCGCUCCAACAUGGAGUGCGAAAUCUUCCAGAUUCCGCUGGACGAAGCCAAAGAGUCCUACCGGGACGAACUGAUCUUCGAGCUGCAGAGUGACCACGAGACGGACCUCGAGGCCAACGUCAAGACGGUCUGCGAGUGGCUCGAAAGCUGGCGCAGUGCCAACAAGCAGAAGGCGGACAAACAGAAGUAAGCCGCAACACUUUUAUAAUAAGAUUGUAUAAAACACACCACACACACCCGCAAAACUAAGUUUAUCGUCGUUUCCCUGUGUUCAGAAUGUUUUCGAGAAAAUUAUUUAAUAAAAAUGAAAUGUUUUCGGCACACGGUAAGCGGCAAACGCCAUGAGCACAGCAAAAGCAUGUUUUAGAAUCCAUUUUGGCCUUUCAAAAUUGUUACGCGUAUAAGCUGAGUUUCUUUUCCCACUUUACACGGAAGGUAAUAAUAAAUUUAUUACGCUAGAAUUAAAACCAAAGGAAA